AUGGGUUUGGGAACCACCAUCGGCUACGGCUUCUGCUGCAUCUCCGAGGAGUGCCCGCUGGCCAUCUUCACCCUGGUGGCCCAGCUCGUCAUCACCGGCCUGGCCGAGAUCUUCGUCACCGGCACCUUCCUGGCCAAGCUGGCGCGGCCCAAGAAGCUGGCGGAGACCAUCAAGUUCAGCCAGUCGGCGGCGGUGUGCCGGCGCCGGGGCCCGCUGUGCCUGAUGCUGAGGGUGGCCAACAUGAGGAAGAGCCUGCUCAUCCAGUGCCAGCUGACGGGGAAGCUGUUCCAGUCCAACGUGACGGGAGGAGGGCGAGAAGACGCAGAUCCACCAGAGCUCGGUGGACUUCCACAUGGACUCCAGCGGCGAGUGCCCAUUCCUCAUCCUGCCCCUCACCUUCUACCACGUCCUGGACGAGCGCAGCCCCCUGUCCGGCCUGACGGCGGAGAACCUGCUCACCCGCGACUUCCAGCUGCUCGUCACCCUCAACGCCACCAUGGAGUCCACAGUGGCCACGUGUCAGAGCCGCACCUCCAGGAGAUCCUGUGGGGCUACGAGUUCAAGCCGGUGCUGUUCAGCACGCCCAGCGGCCGCUACGUGGCCAACUUCAAGUUCUUCGACAAAGUGCAGGCGAGCAGCGACCCGGCGAUCGUCAGCAACAACACGGAGAAGCUGAAACUGGAGGAGGACGACAAGAAGGGGUAA